ACUUCGACAUCUAUUCUUUUUCGUCGACGAGAAGUUUGAAAUCAUACGGUUGUAGUUUCCUUCUCUUAUGAUAUACCGCACUCGUAUAGUGCGAUGAAUAAUUUCCGAACGGUUGACGACCACCUUGGGAAGACUCGCGGCUUGGCUCGACGACCCCUCCUGGAAUCCGGAGUACGAGGAUUACUCGGCGUUGCGUGGCGAGGUAGGUGAGAUUUCCUAUAUACGUUGUAUCAAACUAGUAACAAUGUGGUAACUUUUCGACGACCACCAUUAAGGGCGGCCCAUUAAAAGGGAGCUUAUUGUCAAACGUACCGAGGAGAGGAGUCGUCGGUCUCGUUAAUCGGAACUUAACGUAAAAUGGGUUCCAUCGUGAACCCUGCGGUCGAAUUCGGGCUGCGAGCCAUCGGGAUUUGGCCAGGUUCCCCGCGUGCCAUGUUAUGUCGGAUUUGUUGGACAGUCUCUUUAGGUCUCGCACAAACGUUUCAGUUCAGAUACAUCAUCGCUUGCAUUGAAACUAAUAAUUUCCCGGAUCUGGUGGACAGCGUGAGCACCACGUUGCCUUACAGUUUGCUUUGUCUGAAGCUGAUUAUCCUCUGGCUGAAUCAGAGAUUAUUUAACGAUAUUUUAACAUCGAUGUUGCGGGAUUGGCGCAAUUGCGACUCUAUCGCUCUUAACAUGCGUAUCAUGAUGAAUAAAACGAAUGUUUCGCAUCGAUGUUCGAUGUUGAUUAUCGGCAUAUAUGCCAUGGCCGUCGUAGUCUACAGUUCUGUAAUAAUAGAACUUAAUAAUAUGGAUACGAAUGCUGAGACCAGUGAAAAGGAGCUCUUUCUUAAGAUGAAAUUUCCCUUUGUUCACGAAUUCUCUCCUAUAUACGAAAUCGUUAUGUUCGUUCAAUUUAUUCAGCUGCUAAGCAACGCUUCAGUAAUCGGGAUGCUGAAUGCACUGAUAAUGACACUGAUACUGCAUGUAAGUGGCCAGAUAGAUAUUGUGUGUCGAGGAUUGUUCGAGUUAUUUUCAGGAAAACGCGAGUACAAGUCGUGGAAAAACGCAACAGGCGCAGUCAUUCGCAAACAUCAAGAUCUUAUUGCGUUUUCGGAUAACAUCGAGAAGCUCUUCUCUUACAUAGCGCUGUUGCAAUUUCUUACGAAUACACUUGUCAUUUGUUGUAUAGCAUUUGCGAUCUUGACAUCUAUUGCAAGCGAUCAAGGAUACGCCUUAUUGCUGAAGUCUUUCUUUUUUUAUAUCGCUAUCACUUUGGAAGCUUUCAUUUUUUGCUUUGCUGGAGAAUAUCUUAGCAAUAAGAGCAAAUUGAUCGCAAAUACAGCUUACGAAGCUUUUUGGUAUGACGCAAAACCCAAUGAAAGUCGAGUUCUAUUGAUUAUAAUGUUGAGAUCACAGAAACGAUUGACUUUAACAAUCGGAAAAUUUAACGAUUUGUCUUUGCAAGUUUUUGGAGAUACUUUAAAGGCUUCUGCAUCUUAUGUAUCAGUGUUGCUUACAAUGUCUUAAUCGGCAAAAAAUAUCUGCUACGAAAUCUACACAUACACAUAAUA